UGCGGGAGCAGCAUCCAGCAGCAUCUCUUGUUGCAAGGGAGCCAGGCGGGGGGGGGCAGAAAGAAGAGGAGGAGGAGGAGGGUCCACCACCUUUCUAUUGUCUCCUGCCUUUCUCUGCAGCAGCUGGAUGUACAAGGCCCCCCCCAGAGCAGCUCCGACCUCCUGCGACGCCGGAGCUGGGCCGAGCACCCCCUGUGGGCGCGGCUGGCUCUGCACCCCACUGGAGGAGGAUGCUGUAACUUGCUGGAGCCAGACCUGGAGCCUGUGAUUGGUGGAGGCUGGGUGGGGGGAGGGGGUUGACUUGGCCGGGGCCUGGAUUUGUUCUCUCAGACUUCUGGAUAUUUGGAUCCUGGCGUCCUAUCUCCCCUUGUCACUGAGUGGCAGUGAAAGCCCCCCACCCUCCCUCUGAGUGGAGUCCCCCUCUCAUCUCCACCUGCUCCCCGGCCUCUGAGGAAGCCACCGCUCCCCAACCCUGCCUGCCCCUCCCCCCCCACAUGAGGAUCUGAGGCUGUGGUGGUGGGGGGGCAGUGCCCAGCAUUUGCCUUGGGGGGGGGCAGGGACAGAUGAGACUGGGUGUCAUGGCCAGACUGCUGUCCUUGGCGCUGCUGAUGGGUGCCCUGCUGGGCCCUGGGGCGGGGGGGGCGGCGCUGGAGUUUGGUGGCGCCACAGGGCAGUGGGCUCGCUAUGCCCGCUGGGAUGCCAGCUCCUUGGGGGAGCUGAGCUUUAGUUUGAAGACAAACGUCUCACGGGCGCUGGUGCUUUACCUGGACGACGGGGGGAACUGUGACUUCCUGGAGCUCAUGAUCGCCGAGGGGCGCCUGCGUCUGCGUUUCACCAUCUCCUGUGCCGAGCCUGCCAAGCUGCACCUGGAGACGCCCGUGGAUGACGACCGCUGGCACAUGGUGCUCCUGACCCGCAACUACCGGGAGACCAUGCUGGUGGUGGACGGCGAGGCCAAGGUGGCAGAGGUCAAGUCCAAGCGGAGGGACAUGGCGGUGGAGAGUGACCUCUUUGUGGGGGGGAUCCCGCCCGACGUGCGCCUCUCGGCCCUCACCCUGAGCACCGUCAAGUAUGAGGUGCCCUUCAAGGGGCUGGUGGCCAACCUCAAGGUGGGCGACACACCGCCGGCCCUGCUGGGCAGCCAGGGCAUCCGCAGCGACACGGAGUACCUGUGCACCAAGCAAAACCCCUGCGCCCACGGUGGGCUCUGCAGUGUGCUGAACGGGGAGGUGCAGUGCGACUGCAGUAUGACCGGCUUCCAGGGCAAGUUCUGCAGCGAAGAAGAGCAUAUGAUGGAAGGUCCUGCUCAUCUGACGUUAAACAGCCAAGUAGGGUCCAUUCUGUACUCGGAAGGGGGGGAAGGGAGAGGAGCCGGUGAGGUGCCGCACACAUCGAAAGGGAAGGAGGAAUACGUGGCGACCUUCAAGGGCAACGAGUUCUUCUGCUAUGACCUGUCCCACAACCCGAUCCAGAGCAGCACUGAUGAGAUCACGCUGUCCUUCCGCACCCUGCAGCGCAAUGGCCUCAUGCUGCAUACGGGGAAGUCGGCCGACUACGUCAACCUGUCACUCAAGAGCGGGGCUGUGUGGCUAGUCAUCAACCUGGGGUCAGGCGCCUUUGAGGCGCUGGUGGAGCCUGUCAACGGCAAGUUCAAUGACAACAACUGGCAUGACAUCCGGGUGACCCGGAACCUGCGCCAGCACGCAGGAAUUGGACACGCUAUGGUGACCAUUUCCGUGGAUGGUAUCCUGACAACAACGGGCUACACGCAGGAGGAUUAUACCAUGCUGGGCUCAGAUGACUUUUUCUACAUUGGGGGCAGCCCCAACACAGCUGACCUGCCGGGGUCCCCUGUCAGCAAUAACUUCAUGGGGUGCCUCAAAGAUGUCGUGUACAAGAACAAUGACUUCAAGCUGGAGCUGUCACGCCUGGCAAAGGAGGGUGACCCCAAGAUGAAGAUCAAUGGGGACUUGAUGUUCCGCUGUGAGAAUGUGGCAGCGCUGGAUCCAGUCACCUUUGAGUCGCCCGAGGCCUACAUCUCCCUGCCCAAGUGGAACACCAAGAAGACUGGCUCCAUCUCCUUUGACUUCCGCACCACCGAGCCCAACGGGCUGCUGCUCUUCAGCCAUGGGCACCUGCAGCCCCCGCGGGAGGGCCGGGCUGAGCGCCCACACAAGGCUGACUACUUUGCCAUGGAGCUGCUGGACGGCCACCUUUACCUGCUGCUCGACAUGGGCUCUGGGGGCAUCAAGAUGCGGGCCAGCAACAAGAAGGUCAAUGAUGGCGAGUGGUGCCACGUGGACUUCCAGCGUGAUGGGCGUAAAGGCUCCAUCUCAGUGAAUAGCCGCAGCAUACCAUUCCUGGCCAGUGGGGAGAGCGAGAUCCUGGACCUGGACAGCGAGAUGUACCUGGGGGGCCUUCCCGAGAACCGGCUGGACUUGAUCCUACCUCCUGAGGUGUGGACUGCCUUCCUCAACUAUGGCUAUGUGGGCUGCGUGCGGGACCUCUUCAUUGACGGCAAGAGCCGGGACGUGCGGCGCCUGGCCGAGGUGCAGAGCGUGCCUGGCGUCUCCAGCUUCUGCUCCCGGGAGACCCUCAAGCAAUGCAGCAGUGCACCCUGCCGCAAUGGGGGGGUCUGCCGUGAAGGCUGGAACCGCUUCAUCUGUGACUGCCUUGGCACUGGCUACCUGGGCAGAGUGUGCGAGAGAGAGGCCACGGUGCUGAGUUAUGAUGGCAGCAUGUACAUGAAGAUCAUGCUGCCAGGGGUGAUGCACACGGAGGCUGAGGAUGUGUCUCUGCGGUUCAUGUCCCAGCGGGCCUAUGGCUUCAUGCUGGCCACCACCUCCAAGGAGUCGGCUGACACCCUGCGCCUCGAGCUUGACGGCGGGCAGAUGAAGCUCACCGUCAACCUAGACUGUGUCAGGAUAGGCUGUAACCCCAGUAAAGGCCCCGAGACCCUCUUCGCUGGCCACAAACUCAAUGACAAUGAGUGGCACACAGUGCGGGUUGUGCGGCGCGGGAAGAGCUUGCAGCUCUCGGUGGAUAACGUCACCGUGGAAGGGCAGAUGGCUGGCGCGCACACCCGCCUGGAGUUCCACAACAUCGAGACCGGCAUCAUGACGGAGCGCCGCUUCAUCUCCGUGGUGCCCUCCAACUUCAUUGGGCACCUGAGCAGCCUGGUGUUCAAUGGGCUGCCCUACAUCGACCUGUGCAAGAACGGCGACAUCAGCUACUGUGAGCUCAAUGCCCGUUUCGGCCUGCGCAGCAUCAUUGCCGACCCCGUCACCUUCAAGAGCCGCGCCAGCUACCUGGCGCUGGCCACACUGCAGGCCUAUGCGUCCAUGCACCUCUUCUUCCAGUUCAAAACCACCGCCACCGACGGCCUCAUCCUCUUCAACAGCGGCAAUGGCAACGACUUCAUCGUGGUGGAGCUGGUCAAGGGGUACAUCCACUAUGUCUUUGACCUGGGCAACGGGCCGUCGCUGAUGAAGGGGAACUCAGACAAGCCGGUUAAUGACAAUCAAUGGCACAACGUAAUCGUGUCUCGUGACACCAGUAACAUCCACACGCUCAAGAUCGACUCCCGCACCGUCACCCAGCACUCCAACGGUGCUCGCAACCUGGACCUCAAGGGAGAGCUGUACAUCGGGGGGCUGAGCAAGAACAUGUUCAACAACCUGCCUAAGCUGGUGGCCUCGCGGGACGGCUUCCAAGGCUGCCUGGCCUCUGUGGACCUCAACGGCCGCCUGCCCGACCUCAUCGCUGACGCCCUGCACCGGAUUGGGCAAGUCGAGAGGGGCUGCGACGGGCCCAGCACCACGUGCACUGAGGACUCUUGCGCCAACCAGGGCGUCUGCCUGCAGCAGUGGGACGGCUACACGUGUGACUGCACCAUGACCUCGUACGGUGGCCCCGUGUGCAACGACCCUGGCACCACGUACAUCUUUGGGAAGGGCGGGGCACUUAUCACCUACACCUGGCCGCCCAAUGACCGGCCCAGCACACGAGCGGACCGGCUGGCCGUGGGCUUCAGCACGCACCAGAAGAACGCCAUCCUGGUGCGGGUGGACAGCGCGUCUGGGCUGGGGGACUAUCUGCAGCUGCACAUAGAUCAAGGCACAAUUGGGGUCAUCUUCAACGUGGGCACGGAUGACAUCACCAUCGAGGAGACCAAUGCCAUGGUGAACGAUGGCAAGUACCACGUGGUGCGCUUCACCCGGAGCGGGGGCAAUGCCACGCUGCAGGUGGACAACUGGCCCAUCAAUGAGCGCUACCCAGCAGGGAACAGUGAUAAUGAGCGGCUGGCGAUUGCUAGGCAGAGAAUUCCGUAUCGGCUCGGUCGAGUAGUAGAUGAGUGGCUACUCGACAAAGGUCGACAGCUGACAAUAUUUAACAGCCAGGCCGCUAUCAAGAUCGGGGGCCGUGAUCAGGUCCGCCCCUUCCAGGGCCAGAUCUCGGGGCUCUACUACAACGGGCUCAAGGUGCUGUCCCUGGCGGCCGAGAGCGACCCCAACGUGUGGGUGGAGGGGAACCUCCGGUUGGUGGGCGAGGUGCCCUCCGUCAUGACCACCGAGACCACUGCCACCACUCUGCUGGCUGACAUGUCCACCACCAUCAUGGAGACUACCACCACCAUGGCCACCACCACCACGCGGCGCGGCCGCUCUCCCACCAUGCGCGACAGCACUCCCCAGAACACAGAUGACCUGUUGGUGGCGUCAGCUGAGUGCCCCAGUGAUGAUGAGGACCGAGAGUGUGAGCCCAGCACAGGAGGUGAAUUAGUAUUGCCCAUAAUUACCGAAGAUUCCUUAGACACCCCACCAAUUGCCACCCGGUCUCCAUUCAUACCCCCGCCACCUACCUUUGGCCCCUUCCUAACCGUAAUAGAGACCACCAGAGACACCCUAGCCCCUUCCGCCAAUCAAAAACCCCCAUGCUUAGCCGACCAAGAGGACAGCGAUUGCGAAGAGGGCAUUGAGGCUUCCGGUUACGCCUCGGGCGAGGUCUUCGACUCCAGCCUGCCCCCUACUGAUGACGAAGAUUUUUACACCACAUUCCCCUUGGUCACAGAUAGGACCCUGCUGGCCAGGCCAGAUGGAGCAUCUAAAAAGUCCCAAGGCUUCAGGCCCAACAUUAGGACAGGAGUGCCGGCUUCAUCCUCAAUCCCUGAGCUCCUGACCUCCACUGCCUCUCCCGAUCUGGUCCGUAACAUCCCCGCCGGCAAAAUGAACAAUCGCGAGGCCCCCAAGUCCCAUCCAGACCAGUACCCCCCUCUGCCCACCUCUUUUGAACUCGACAACCGUAACAGGCAUAAGUACCCUGGUAUAACGUCUUCCCCCAAUUUCCACAAUCUACCCACAGCUAACCCCACCGGCUCGGGGGAGAGGGGUCCCCCAGGGGCCGUCGAGGUGAUCCGCGAAUCUAGCAGCACCACGGGGAUGGUGGUCGGCAUUGUGGCGGCGGCCGCCCUGUGCAUCCUCAUCCUCCUCUAUGCCAUGUACAAGUACCGAAACCGGGACGAAGGCUCUUACCAGGUGGAUCAGAGCCGGAACUACAUCAGCAACUCGGCACAGAGCAACGGCACGGUGGUGAAGGAGAAACCCACCUCUGCCACCAAAACCCCCAGCAAGAGCAAGAAAAACAAGGACAAGGAGUAUUAUGUGUGAGUCUCCGCCCCCCCCCGCCCCGCCUCCCUCCUGUCCCUCUGGUGGCGAGCGCGCGCGAGAGACGAUUGCAGGGUGAGAUCGCUCAAAUCAUGCCAACCUUUGGAUACAAGAGACCAACGGAACCUCCCAGCCUUCCUGUCUCCUCCCUCUGCAUCACACAGGCAACCAGUGGAUCCUGCCCCCCCACCUCCAACCUGCACUGGUCUCAGUUUGUUCAUUUCCCCCUUUUUUAAUUUUUCAGUUCAUCCUCAAAAAUUAAUAACAACCACCCCAAAAUCAAAAUCGUGCUCGCUUCCCCUCCCCCCCACCCCGGAUUCCUUCAGAUCUUGGGGGUUUGUUUAAUUUAUUUUCUUUUUAGCAAACAAAGUGGGGGAAAGAACACGGCAGGGGGCAAUCAAAUCACACACGCCAUGGUUAGAGGUUGGCACCGGAAAUAAGCGACCACUUGGAGACCAAACAGAAAACGAAGAUCUGGGGGUGGGAUAGAUGGAUUGAUGAAGGCUUCGGAGCUCCCUAGAUAAAGCUGAGCCAGGAUUUUGCCUUUUUAUAUAUAUAUAUAUAUAUAUAUAUAUAUAUAUAUAUAUGUGUGUGUGUGUGUGCAUAUAUAUAUAUAUAUAUAUAUAUAUAUAUGCGUGUGUGACAGCUGAUUCCCCCCUUUGUUAUUCCAGAAGGUUAGAUGCCUCCUCAUCCGGAUGAAACUUUGGGGUACAUUUCCCCACCCCUUUUAGACCCCUCUCCCAUGCCCUGUUUGGAAACAGACUAAUCCAAUUGGGAUACAAAAGAUUUGAUUUUUCUCUCAUAACUAUCGACAAAAUUCCAACGCGGAGCAGGAUACAGCUGGAUCCAGAAAACUUGGCUGGGCAAAGAUUUUGGGGACAAAAAAUUGGUCUCUCUCAGAAUUAUUAUUAAAACAAUAAAAGAGGGGGGUUCUUUAAUUAUAACUGAUUUUUCUCUCUCUCUUUGUUAAUGUGUCAGAGUCUUGGAAAUGUGUGGAGUAAACUGAACCGAAACAAACAAAGUCACGAACACUCGGGAAAAUAAAAAUGAAUCCAUUAAUAACGAUGGUAGUAAAUAAAGCAGUUAACAUGGAUCUUGUCCAACUAUGGAACUGAUCGGCUAUUCGGCUCUCUGCUCUGUAGUAACAAAAGGGGGUGCUACUCUCAAAAGGGUUAGAGUUGGGAUGGUGUUGGUUUUUGUGAAACAACAGCAAUGGGAGCUGACACUGGUUUGGGAGUACCUGCUUGGGAUAUGUGGGGGUGGGGGUGAUGGGAAAAUAUAUGAUGUUUCUGUUCUGUUUUCUAGGGGAUUGAUGGCAUAAUUCCUUUUCCCCUGUGCUCCUCCACUCCCAUCCCCUUUUCUCCAUGCCAAGGUGCUAUUGUGAUCAUCCUUUAAGUGUCUUCUCAGAGCAUGUCCUUAAAUUGUAUUGUUCUUUCAAGGUAUCUAGAACAGGGGGGUAAGCAGCUGUUGAUGGGAAUUUGCAAAUUAAGUGUGGGGGGGUGGAGGCAUUGGACUAUUUCCUUCACCCGCACCUUCUCCCCUCACUGGGAGAAUUGAAAAGGCUUUUCAAAUGACUAUAUAUAAAGAGAGCUCUCUCUAUAUAUAAAAUAUAUAUAUAUAUAUAUAUAUAAAAAUAUAUAUAUUAUAUAAGGUAUAUGUGUGGACAGUUUAACACAGAAGAAUCAAAGAGGGUUUGGAAGAAUGUUUGAAAAGGAGCUAGAGACAAAAAAUUUCUCCCCACCAAGGUGUGUGGCGCGUUACAGGUAGGAUCCCUCGAUGAUCUCUGGGCACGGCCGCUGGAGACCAACUCCCAUCUUUGAUCAGUUUCUGCAAGACUCCAGUCCAUCCUUCUGCGUGCGAAUUGGCCGACACGGCCGGCCCCCUGCUUCCAGACAGGGUAGUGCCAUGGGGCCUUGCUCUGUCGGCAGCUUUCUAGCUGGUUCCGAUGCAGCAACGCACUUCAGCACCUGCCUAGCUCAAAGCACGGGGGUCAUCUGGUCAAAGCCAGUAGGGAAAGAGUCACAGAUUGGAAGGGAGACAUGGCAGAAUUUUGCCCAGAGAUUCCUGCACCCAGCCCGUGACUUGCGUCCCAAUUAAACCAUAUCUAUUGGAUGAUAGAAAGCCCUCAAGGGAUGAAGAAUCCUCUACAUCCCUCAGGGAACGGCUCUAAAAUUUCAUUCCUCAUCUUCCCCGUUAAAAACGUGCAUCUUAUUGGCGCCAACUAGCCAUCAGAUCUCACGGUCCAUCUGCUAGAUCUAGUAGUAAACUCCUUUUCUCUGGGGCCAUAUCAUGAAUAAAGCAAGGGAGCUGUGCUAGAUUGGGAUUGGAGAACUCCAGCCCUACCAGGAUCAAGCCCAUCACUGGGAGGGGUGUCAGGAGGCGAGGGAUUUGGAUCAGAAUUCUUUCUUUCAGAGUGAUAGGAUGCAGGUGAAAUAGGCAUUUCAAUUUCUCAAGCCUGGCAAAGUUAGUGCAAACUCCCCUCGCCUUCAAAGCUAAAAUGCCAAAAGGGGCUAGCAGCGAGAUGGAGAGAGAGCGAUAUAUCUGCCAUUGUAAGCUGUGAACUGAAAUAAUUUCAUAUUAAUUUUCAGGCUUUGAGGUGUUUUUUUAGAAAAGGCAUCACAUUUUGCAAAGUUUCCAGGGUAUUUAGGCUCCUACACUUUUUGAAAAUGAAAUUUAGGCUCCUAAAUCCCUUAGGUGCUUUGGAGAAUGUUAGCCAACAUGAAAUUUGGUGGGCAUCUCUCAGCAUCUUAGACCAUUGCAUGAGCUCGAGUUCUGUAUUUUUCUCUUACCAAAAAAACCAACAUUUUUUUUUAAAGACGCAGAUUAUUAUUGGAGUUUCCUUCAUUCCAAACUUUGCCACUUAAUGGAACUGUCUGCAGGGUGAAGGAGGGGGAUUUCUGGCCGUUUCUCUAGGAGUGUAAUGAACAUUAUCAACUGUAAAUUAAUUUGUACAUUAUUAAUAUUUUAUUUUUGUUUGGGGGAGGGGCUUGGGCGGAGAAAUGAAGGUUGCAAACUCUAUUUUAAAAAUAUGACACUGAUGAAUAUCCUCUUUUUAAAAUAUUGAGAGAGAGAUUGGUUUAUUUUAACAAUAGAAUUCCCAAUCUUUUUCCUUUACAGCAUUCCAGGUGGGGAGGAAAUAAAUUUUUAAUUCAUUCUUUUUGUGUCAGUUCUGGUUUGGUUUUUUUAGCGAACAGAAACCCCUUCCUCAUUGUUUUGGGGGAAAUACUCUGUGGUUCUGCAUAUUUACCCUGUAAACUUCCUGUACUCUUCAAUGUUACUGUAAAGUGUUACCAAUUAUGAUGAAGUCAAAAAAAACCUUUCAACCCAUGUACAUUACCGCAAAGGGGAAUACAGUUGAUUCUAUACUUCGUACAACUC